AUGACAGAAAUGAACCAACCGCCUACUGUUGUGGCGUCUCUUGAUAAAUUGCAUACACAAUCAUACUUCUCACCAGUACCAGAAGCUAUCAGCGAUGCAGAUUCUCAAAAGGAAGAAAUCAUAAUGGGGAUCGAUGAAGCUGGUAGAGGUCCUGUUAUUGGUCCCAUGGUAUAUGCUGUGGCUUAUUGUACACGUGCGUAUCAAGAUGAGACAUUGAUACCGAACUACGAUUUCGAUGACUCGAAGAAAUUGACAGAUCCCGUACGUCGCCAGUUGUUUAAAUUGAUGUACGACUCCAAAGAUAUUGAUGCUGUCGGUUAUGCAACUACAUGCAUUACACCUUGUGAUAUAUCAUCGGGAAUGUCAAGGUUCCCGCCAACUCAACAGUACAAUUUGAAUGAACAAGCUCAUGAUACUACAAUGGCUUUAAUUCAGGGAGUCCUAGAUCAGAAUGUUCAUUUAUCGCAUAUAUAUAUAGAUACAGUGGGCCCACCACAUACUUACCAACUUAAAUUGGAGAAUAGGUUUCCUGGGAUUAAAUUUACUGUUGCCAAAAAAGCUGAUUCUCUGUAUUGUGUAGUUAGUGUAGCGAGUGUUGUAGCGAAAGUUACAAGAGAUUUACUAGUUGAGCAUUUGGAACAAAAUCAUCCCCAAAAUAGCACUCGAAUGGGUUCAGGUUAUCCCUCUGAUCCUAGGACGAAAACCUGGCUAAGAGAUUCCCAACAACCAUUAUUCGGAUGGCCAACAGAUAUUGUAAGAUUCUCAUGGCAGACAUGUCAAACCUUACUGGACAAAGCUGCAGAUGAUGGUACGGGAAUUCAAUUGGAGUGGGAAGAGGAUUUAGUUGACAAAAAGAACAAGGCGAUGCUUACAUGGGAUUAUUCCAAUAACAGUGACAAUAUUGCAACCGUACAGCAAGCGGACAAACUUAUUACCUUGGAUUCCUGGUAUCAUGCAUAA